UCAAAGUCAAUGAAGUGACUUUGGGGUUUGAACACCAAAAUACUGUCACAAAAGGAAGCACUAUUUUCUUGACAAUUUCAAUCACAAACGCACUUCACGAACCUUCCUCGAUUUCUGUCUUCGACCCUUUUCUUCUUAAAUUCACACGCCUUCAAAAUUUUCAGCAUUUAACGUUCUCAUUUGUUUCAGCACUUCAAAGGCUCUCUCUUUCUCUGUAUUUCUCAUCUUCCUGUGUUCUCAUCUUUCUUCAUCUCCAUGCCUUCGUUAAGGUGUAUAAUAAAGUAGCUGGCUUUCGAUCACUGUCUACAACUUCCGUCAAAAUGGGUUCCAUAGGAAACCACGGUGCCGUUUCGUUCCAGAGCGUUGUCGUAAUGAGGCACGGCGAGCGCUUCGACAACUUAGAACCGUCGUGGGCCGCCACGGCGGCGCGGCCGUGGGAUCCACCGUUAGCCGAACCGGGCCGGCGGCGGGCGCUCGAAACGGGCCGGAGGCUCCGGGAGAGUCUCGGGUUUCCGAUCCGACGGGUCUUCGUUUCGCCGUUCCUCCGCUGCCUCCAGACCGCCGUGGAACUCGUCCAGUCUCUCGCCACUGUAGAGAAGGGUGGCAGCACCACCGGGGAUGGUGUUUCAGUUGACCCUUCCGAAGUCAAGGUGUCGGUUGAGUAUGGAUUGUGUGAAAUGGUGAACAGCAAGGCUAUUCGUCCGAAUGUUGCUCCAAAAGAUGGAAACUUGAGGUUUGAUAUAGCAGAGUGUGAAGCCAUGCUGCCAGCUGAGGUAGUGGAUAAAAAUGUUGAAAGGGUGUAUAAAGAGUUUCCUCGAUGGGGAGAAACAGAGUUCCAAGCAGGAGAAAGAUACAAGCACUUAAUUAAGGACCUCGCAGACAAAUACCCCACUCAAAACUUGCUCCUUAUUACACAUGGGGAAGGUGUUAAGGUGGCAGUUUCUUCACUAAGAAAGGAUGCUGAGAUAAAUGAGGUGCAGUACUGUGGAUAUGUAGAACUUAGACGGCCUAUUUUCAACAAAGAUCACGCAUUUACCUUUGGAGAGUUCGAUUUACUCACUCCUAGUGAUAAAACUGGCGUAAGCUAUUCCCUCCCACCUUUCCACAACUCCACCAACCAAACUUUCCCAUGAUCAUUCUCACUUAACUCUGCAACCUCAUACUUUUCACCCUGAUGUCUCUCUAAAUGCUAUGCUACAUUAGAAUAAGAUAGUUGAAUCCAAACAAAGCCCCAUGAUCUGAAUCGUGCAUUGUAUUGUGAAUCGCAAGAUUCAUGAUCACUACUGAAAUAUAAAACUUGUGUGAGCA